UUGUGUGAUGACAAUAUUUAUCGAUUGGCGACGGAUUCUUUUCACGUUGACAUAGACGUGCUGCCAGAGCUACUUCAAGAACAAGCUUUAGAAAUGAAAAAUGAUUCAGCUGCCAAAUAUGAUUUUGAGAAGAUGGAUAAGACAUUAUUUUGGGUAAAAUAUCUCAAAGUUUAUCCCAAAAUAGCAAAAGAAUCACUGAAACUGUUUUUACCAUUUUCGAGUACUUAUUUAUGCGAAAGGGCAUUUUCAGCAGUAGUGGUCAUAAAAACCAAAUACAGAAACAAACUCGAUAUCACUAGUGAUCUACGUUGUGCUCUUUCUUCUAUUCAACCCAGAAUUGAAAACAUUGUUAAAAAUUUGCAAGCCCAUCCAUCUCACUGA